AUGCGACCAGUUCAUUUGACAUGGAUCAUGUCUCAUGUCGCUCCAUCCAGCGGGGCCACAGAGCGUGCCACCCUCCACACUGUGAACAGCAGAAGGUGCACUUUUUGAGGGAGGUGUGUUUCAACUUGGCACAGGCUCCUUCCAGGAGCCAACUAUGGUGGGUGGGCAGGACACUGCUGCAGAAUCCUCUCCUAUUAUCUUGGAGCGGUUGAUAGGAAUUGAUGAUUCUGGAACUGAAGGGCCUGAAGGAGCCAGUGGACCUGUCACCCUAGCGGUGCACUCCAUGGCUGACAUGACCGAAGUUUCUGUUCAGCCUGAAACGGAGAUUGAGGAUUUAAAGAAACGUGCCGCACAGCACCUGGUUCUCUUGCCUCAGCAUGGGACAGGAUCGGUUUUGCUUGACAUGGCCACUGGCAAGGCCUUGCCGGGGAAUAGCACGGUGAGCGCAUGCAGGCUCACUGCCUCCAGCCGACUGUUGCUUCUGGGAAAAUCACGAUUGUAUGCGCCCAAAGAUGUGCAAGUUUCCGGCAUUCUGGUCUAUACUCGAUUGAAGAAGAAGAAGUUCAAUUUGGCAAAGCCACCAACACUUCAAGAGAACGAGGAUCUAUUGCUGCGGCUUGACACCAUAGAGUAUGACGGAGAAGUGAAUGGCGUAUCACUGGAGACGACCCUGGGACAUUUCAAGACCUUGCCGAUGGGUCCUAGGGAGCACCUCUCGAAGGAGGAGGUUAGGGAGAUCUUCAUUCCGCUGAACAAGCUCCGUCGCUACUUGACGGGAUAGCGCUCAGCCGCACCGCCACCCUCAUCAGCUCUGGAGAAGCUGUGAUCCACGAAUCGACGAGAAGCAUCGGCGAAUCGAACGGUAGUGGUGACAUUCCUCCAGCACGUCCAGUACUGUGAGUUGG